AUGACAUCCACCGAGCUGAAAAUUGGACUGACCAGCAGGUCCCGUACCUCCAGCCGAGUACUAAAGCCCCCAGGAGGCGGACACACCAAUAUCUUCUCGGAGCCCGACGUGGCCGUGCCCGCCCCUCGUGCCAAUUACAACCAAAAGAACUCCUCGAACCUUAACGCAUGUAUGGGCUCCACCGAUCCCAAUAAAGUGGUGGAGAAGAUUCGAGAAGAGGUCACCACCCAGAAGGAGGAGGCCAAGUCUGCCCCGCCCAGCCAGCCCAAGAAGUCAGCGAACAAGCCAGCGGCCACGAACGGAGAGGCUCGUGGCCGAGUGCCACCUGGCGGAUUUUCGUCAGGCGGUUUCUGGUAGAGAGAGUGGGCCCGGGAGCAGAAGCAGCCUCCAAGCAUUUAAUGUCUUACCAUCACAUCCUCAGACCAACAUAACAAACAUAAACCUAUAAAUAUAACUCGCUUAUAACAUACUUAUACACACAUAUUUAGAGGCGCAUUACCUAUAAUAAUCUGCUGAUCAGCCGAAGAAGAAAAACAAUCUGAUUAUAUUUUGCAAAGCAUCACUCCAUUAUUGUGCUUCCUUUUGUCGUUUCAUUUUUAUCUUUCUUACUUUUGUCUUAUCGUCUAAGUAAAAGGUUUAACAUUUCUAACGCAAUUGUUGAAAUUAAGUAACUCGUGAUUCCGCCCCAAAAACAUGGAUAGUACGGAUUGACUUUGCUAAACACUACCACCUACAACUGAAGCCUAAUUUAGCAUUUGUACUUAAAGUGUCCAAUCGAAACUUCUUAUAGUCAGUAUGAUUGUCCAAAACAAAAUCUCUUUAUAA